ACGAGAGGCGUGGUUACAUUUGCGCAGGCUCUGUGAGCAUCGCGCUUGAGGCGCGGAUUGUGACAGAGAAGUUACGCGUUUCUUCGGAGCUGGGCUGCUCAGCGCGCUUUUCUCAUAAAGCUUGUUUUCUAAAAGGAUUUCUGUGGAAAAUGGCAGACAAAGAAGUUUAUGAUGACGCAGUCGAAGAACGUGUUAUUAAUGAGGAAUACAAGAUUUGGAAGAAGAAUACCCCGUUCCUUUAUGACCUGGUAAUGACACAUGCCUUAGAGUGGCCCAGCCUCACCGUGCAGUGGCUUCCAGAUGUGACCAGGCCAGAAGGCAAAGACUAUGCAGUUCACCGGCUGGUGCUGGGCACCCACACGUCUGAUGAGCAGAAUCAUCUCGUCAUCGCCAGUGUUCAGAUUCCUAAUGACGAUGCCCAGUUUGACGCCUCUCAUUAUGACAGUGAAAAAGGAGCAGAAUUUGGGGGAUUUGGAUCAGUAAGUGGAAAAAUUGAGAUUGAAAUAAAAAUUAAUCACGAAGGAGAGGUGAACAGAGCCCGCUACAUGCCACAGAACCCCUGCAUCAUCGCCACAAAGACGCCAACUUCAGACGUCCUUGUCUUUGACUACACAAAGCAUCCGUCCAAACCAGAUCCCAGUGGGAGCUGCAGCCCUGACCUGCGAUUACGUGGCCACCAGAAGGAAGGCUAUGGCCUCUCCUGGAAUCCAAACCUCAGUGGCAAUCUUCUCAGCGCUUCUGAUGACCACACAAUAUGCCUUUGGGACAUCAGUGCCGGACCAAAAGAAGGCAAAAUAAUUGAUGCCAAGACAGUCUUUACUGGCCAUACUGCUGUAGUGGAGGAUGUCUCCUGGCACCUGCUUCAUGAAUCGUUAUUUGGGUCCGUGGCAGACGAUCAGAAGCUAAUGAUCUGGGAUACGAGAUCAAACAACCCGUCCAAGCCAAGCCACUCGGUGGACGCCCACACCGCGGAGGUCAACUGCUUGUCAUUUAACCCGUACAGUGAGUUCAUUCUGGCUACUGGAUCAGCUGAUAAGACGGUGGCUCUUUGGGAUCUCCGGAAUCUCAAACUGAAGCUUCAUUCCUUUGAGUCUCACAAAGACGAGAUCUUCCAGGUUCAGUGGUCUCCUCAUAACGAGACAAUCCUGGCUUCGAGUGGCACGGACCGAAGACUCAACGUGUGGGACUUGAGCAAAAUUGGAGAGGAGCAGUCGUCCGAGGAUGCAGAAGAUGGCCCUCCCGAGCUGCUGUUUAUCCACGGUGGGCACACUGCUAAAAUCUCGGAUUUCUCCUGGAACCCCAAUGAACCCUGGGUGAUCUGCUCUGUAUCUGAAGACAACAUCAUGCAAGUGUGGCAGAUGGCCGAGAACAUUUACAACGACGAAGAGCCCGAGGCGUCUGCCGCAGAACUGGAAGGCCAAGGGUCCUAAAGGGGAGUUGAGGCCCCGUCUGGCUGGCUAACGGGCACGGCGGGCGUGGCUCGAGGUUCAGUCAUGUGUCACGGCUUCACUUGUUUCCUCCGAAUGCCACCAAUUACAAAAAAAGGACAAAGGGACUUGCUAAGCCGCUCCGUGUGACACUUGCAGAAGACAAAUUGGGUUUGUGGCGGCCGUGCUGACCCUCCAGGCUGCGGCGCGAUGGCCCUUUUUUAGGGUCUCUAUUUACAGAGAGCCGAGUGCCGCCCGGGGUGAUGGCACGCGGUGCUUGUUUGAUGUUUUCUGUGAUUAAUUAAUAUUGCAAUAAAAUCUUUCUACCAGCUUUUAAA